AAGUCGAUUGUUGUUAUUUAUUCAUUUGCGAGUAAGAAAUUUUUUAUUCCUUUACGGACGAUUAAUAUUAUAUUUCUAUGAAGAUAAAUACUAAUUCUGUGAGAAUUCUUUGAUGUGAGUCUAAUCAUUAGACUUUUAAAGAACUGCUUGCAAAAUUUUUUUUAAAAAUUGUCCGUUGAUCGAAUACUCAGUUUGUGCCUCUGAUAAAGUUGCUUAAAAUAAGAUGGAUGUUGGAGAAUUGCUGAGUUAUAAACCUGCGAAAGAGCCCAAGAGAGCUGGAACAGAAGAAGAUACAGAAGUUGACGUAAGACCCAGAGGAAAGAGAUUAGCUAGUGUGCCUGAAUCUUUUCAUCAUGAUCGAAGACCUCCCAAAAUGCCGAAAACUCAAGAUGAGAAUAAAGAAAAUUUCAAACAAGAGCCCCAGCCUGAAAUUGAUUUGCCUGAAACUGAAGCAGAAAGUGGAGUUCUAGAUGAAACUAAUUUAAAGAAACUUCUAUUAGCUUUUGAAAAGAAAGUAUUGAAAAAUCAAGAAUUACGUAUCAAGUUCCCAGAUCAGCCAGAAAAGUUUAUGGAUUCUGAAAUAGAAUUAAAUGACAUUAUUAUAGAAAUGCAUAUUAUAGCUACUCAACCUGAUUUGUAUCAUAUUCUUGUUGAGUUAAAUUCUGUUUCCAGCAUCUUGGGACUUUUAACCCAUGAUAAUACAGAUAUUUCAAUUGCUGUCGUUGAUUUAUUGCAAGAAAUGACUGAUAUUGAUACACUGAAUGAAAGUGAAGAAGGGGCUGCUAGUCUGAUUGAUGCUAUGCUGGAGGCACAGGUGGUUGCUUUGCUUGUCCAAAAUCUUGAACGUCUGGAUGAAAGUGUGAAGGAAGAAGCCGAAGGCGUCCAUAACACGUUAGCAAUUGUUGAAAAUCUUGCUGAAUUCAAACCUGAUAUGUGUGUUGAUGCUACAGAACAAGGCCUGAUGCAAUGGAUAUUGAAACGGAUUAAAGCUAAGAUGCCAUUUGAUGCAAAUAAAUUAUACUGUAGUGAAAUACUUUCAAUUUUACUUCAACGUCACGAUGAAAAUCGACAAGCUUUAGGUUCUAUGGAAGGUAUUGAUGUUUUGCUUCAACAGUUGGCUUAUUUUAAAAGAAAUGACCCAUCCAACACUGAAGAGCAUGAAAUGAUGGAGAAUCUAUUUGAUUGCCUCUGUUCAUCCCUUAUGUUUGCAGGGAAUCGAGAACGAUUUUUGAAGGGUGAAGGUCUCCAACUGAUGAAUCUGAUGCUUCGUGAAAAGAAGAUGUCCCGGAAUGGUGCGUUGAAGGUUUUAGAUCAUGCCAUGUGCAAUGCUGAAGGUGCAGACAACUGUAAUAAAUUUGUUGAUAUUUUGGGUUUAAGGUCAAUUUUUCCUCUUUUUAUGAAAACUCCAAAAAAGAAUUGGAAGAAAGGAUUAUCAGUGGAGCAACAUGAAGAACAUGUUUGUUCUAUUAUUGCUUCCAUGCUUAAAAAUUGCAAAGGCACACAACGCCAGAGAUUACUCAACAAAUUCACCGAAAAUGACCAUGAAAAGGUUGAUCGGCUCAUGGAGCUUCAUUUCAAGUAUUUGGACAAGGUGCACUAUGUUGAUAUACAAAUCGAAAAGGAAAAGUCCAAACUUGAUGAUGAAGAUGUUGAUGCUGCAAUGGAAGAAGAAUUCUAUUUGAGGCGACUUGAAGGUGGAUUGUUUACAUUACAACUCAUUGAUUACAUAAUGGUUGAUAUUUGCUGUUCAGGACCUGCAUCUAUUAAGCAGCGAGUGUUACAAAUUCUUAAUCUCAGAGGAGGCUCGAUUAAAACCAUCAGAAAUGUUAUGAGAGAAUAUGCUGGUAACAUGGGUGAUGCCAAUGAUGCAUCAGCUCGAGAAGCUGAACAACAAAGACUGCUGCAGUUUGUGGAUCGUUUCUAACUAUGCCAGAUCUUGAAAUGUUUUUGUUUGUAUCAUGACUUUGUAUAUACAUGCAUAAGUGUACUUGCAUCAUUUGGAAACAUGGAUUUUCUUCCUGAAAAAUAAUUAAUUUUUAGUGUGCGGAUUUAGGGUUUUCCAAAAGUAAAUUUACCCUGAAAAAAAUCACUUAUAAUUGGUUAUAAGUUUCAGAUGCAUUACUUUUGAAAACUAUAAAAUUUAAUGAGCCUCAUUAAUCUUUUGUUAGAUUUGGUAAUUAUAUACUUCAUAUUAGGGGUUACAAUUCUUAGGUCCUAUAAUAAGUUUUUUUUUUUUUUUUUUUUUUUUUUUAAAUUCUGCAGCAUUUUAUUUUUUAACAGAUGUUGCUGAUUUUAUUGAGGUUACAAAAGCAUGUCCUGAAAUUUAUUCUUUGUUGUUCAUAUUAUGCCUUAUAGUAAAUGAUUCUUGUGAAAAAGCUGUGCAAGGUAAAAUAGGAAAAGAUGUGCCAAUUAAAAAAAAAUGUCAUAAGUUUAUUUUGUGAGAUAAAAUAUUGUUUUAUAAUUUUUGGUACUUCUCUUUCAAAGUUAAAGGAAAAUUUGCUGUUUUCAUCCAAUUUUAUUUCUAAAUCAAUUUUUACUUUUUGUUUUACAUUGUGACUCAGAUAAAGGGAAAUUAUCCAUAAUGUUAAGAUGAUUGAGCUAGCUCUGAAAAAAUGUAUAUAAAAUGCAAUUAUAAAUUUUAGUACUUAUUAUUUCAAGCAUCAUUUCUUCUUGCUGAAGAUGCAAAAAGUACCUUUAAAAGUAUUUGUAAGAAUAAAACUGAUUUGUUAGUUGAAGAAUAAUUUCAGUGUUAUUUGGUGGCCAUUUAAAUUUAGUAUAUCUGCGAGUGUGUGCUUUUUUUUUUUUUUUUUUUUGCCUGCUUUUAUUCAAAAAUAUUAAGUAUUUGUCUGUCAAAUCAUUUUAUGGCCUUUUACCUUAAAUAAGGUAGUAAAUAAUUAUUACUUGUAAAAUAAAUAUCGAUGACAGUUUUAUUAUUGACAAAAUCAUUGUUAUUUUAAAUAUUCCUUUCUAUGGUAAUUAUCAAACUUCGGUUUUUAUAGUUAUCUAAUGAAUAAUUGUCAGAAUCUGAAUCAGAUGUAUCAACAAGAAUUUAUAUAUUAUUUUGAUUUUUCAAGAAAAGGUUUUGUUUUAAUCUUUAAAGAAAAUUAGAAUUACUUUCUUCAUUUUUUUUAAAGCUCUAUUUAAUAUUUCUGCUACAAUUUCUUGUCAUGAAAGUCAAAAUAGCUGUUUUCUUGACCUUUCCAUGAUACAAUGCAAGGUAUUUGGAUAGGGUUGCUAAAUCCUUGGAGAAACUGUUGUUUCAAUUAUUUGGAAAUUAGAGUAAUUGAGUACUACUUGUGUGAUUUAUCUCAAGCUAAAUAUUAUUUUUGAAUACUAUUAUACUCAAUACUAUAUAUGUAUAUAUAUUUUAUAGAGAUGCAUCUUUAAAUCAUGAACUUUUUCCAUUUUCUGUAAUAAACUAG